AUGGUUGCGGCCAAGAUCUGCCUCCUUGUCUGUGCCACAGGAGCGCAGUAUUAUGCCAUAACACCCCCAACGACCAGACCUUCUGCAAAGGAACGUUUGAAUCCCACCGGUUUGGAAGUCGUCACCCCUUGGAUACACAUUUUAGUCAAGAGCAUCAUCGGCGUUUGCGCUUUGUCAGACAUCAUCCUCGCAUACACAACGGGCAAGGAAUCGACCGCCAUCCCGCAAUCGCUCGCUGCCCUUCUAGUCCGCAGUGACUUGUGUUCGCUAUCGAGCUUGGACCGUACAACGCCGUCUGCCGCACUUGUAGCUGGGUGUUGUCUGAGCGUCAUCGGCAGCGCCAUUCGUUUCCAGUGCUAUUCCACGCUAGGCAAGUUCUUCACUUUCGAACUCAGUAUCCGCCAGGAUCACAAGCUGGUCACGUCUGGCCCUUAUUCCAUCGUUCGACACCCUAGCUACACCGGUGGAUUGUGUGUUUUUCUGGGCGUCUUGCUUUGUCAUUUGCACACUCUGUCAUGGAUGGUUUCUUGUUCGGGCGUGUUUCCUUCGUCAGACCAGGGGGUCAGGUUGACUUUGGGAUGCCUUUGGGCAGGUUGGCUUGGGUUGCUUUAUUCUGGACUGCGCGGGCGAAUCCAGAAGGAGGAGGCGAUGUUGCAGGGAAAAUUCGGAGACCAGUGGAAAAGUUACAUGAACAGGGUGCCUUACAGACUGGUUCCAUGGUUGUUCUAGAUCACCGUCAUCUAUUAAGACACUAUCAAAGCAUUAAAAUACAACAAGAGCAACUUCUUUAUCACUGGAUUGUGAGGAGAUGAAGGGAGAAAAGGAAUCUUGGCCAGACGCUCCGCGAGGCAAGAAAUAAUCAUCAGGGGUACGGAUAUGUGAAUGCGUCAGUAAUUAAUAUUGUGAAUGAGAAUGGAGAGAACAAGAGAAUUUUGAC